GCCAAAUAGAAAGAAAUAAAAGCUUUUUGGCCAACAAAAGAAAGCAAUAAAAACUUGAAAGAAAAUUCUAGGGUACAACUUUAUAUUUGGAUAUGGCCAAAGCCUCCCCGCCUCGCCCCCUGGCUCGUCAGGCAGACCCCAUGCAGAAGCAGGAACUGUGGGAGUGCAACGAGUUAAAUUCAAAGUUCUUUUACUCCAAAAGGAUUUCAAGCUCUGACCUCGCAAGAAUUCUGUCUUCAAACCCACAUGUGUUGGAAUAUGAUUUGGAUAACCGCAUCAUCCCCAGUUUCAAUUUCUUCAAGGAUUUAACUCACUGUGAUGAUGAUAAGGUUUUUCUAGCCUACAAGAAUUUGUCAGGCAUUCUUACACGUAAUUUGCAGUCUGUUUUCGCUCCUAAUCUUGCAAUUCUGCGAGAAAUUGGGGUGCCUGAAUCAAUUCUUUUGGCUGAACUUGUUGUCCACCCAAGAAUCUUUGAUCAGAAUCAUGAUAAGUUUAGAAGAACUGCAGAAGAAGUAAAGAAAUUGGGUUUUAACCCCUCAAAGCAAUUUUUUCUUGUAGCUCUUCAAGCUUUGAUGCAAAUUAGCAAACCAACAUGGGAAAGGAAAUUCAAUGCUUUUAAACAAUGGGGUUGGUCUGAUGAAGAUAUUAUUUCUGCUUUUGAGAAGUAUCCAAGGUGCAUGAUUCUUUCUGAGCACAAUGUCACAGCAACAAUGAACUUUUAUGUCAACACAGUGGGCUGGAAAUCUUCAGAUAUUGCAAACUGUCCGAUUCUUCUUUCAUUUAGCUUGGAGAGGAGAAUCAUCCCUCGGUGUUCGGUUCUUCAAGCUUUAUUAUCCAAAGGUUUGAUUGAGAAAUUCAAUGUUUAUUCUAUGAUGUACACUGAAAAGGAGUUCCUCCAAAGGUUCGUGAUCCCUUAUGAGGAUCCUUAUUUAUUGAAACUAUACGAGGAGAAGCUAGGCCUUUCAGAUUAG